AUGGAUAAGGAAGAGCUGGAGGCAGAAUCUGAGGACGGAACAGGGGCGUCGCCCCCUUUCGAUGUUCUCCCAACCGAGUUGAUCUGCCGAAUCUUCAACUAUCUUGAACUCAAAGAGCGUGCUAUCGCAGAACGAGUGUGCUCUCGAUGGCACAACAUUCUAACAUCACGAGAUUGUCCUCUGGCCGAUGUCGUCGUGGUGAAUCUGUUUGAGCCAAACGUAUGGGUGGAUACGAUCGCGAAAAAUAGAUAUACAACUGUUAAAGGCACAUUCGUGAAUGAUUUCGAUGGAUUACGGAAUGUCUUCCGACAUAUAUCCACCGCCCACACUGCUAAAUUGUGGUUCUAUACCGAAGAAUUCGCCAAAAAUUGCAUCGAUGCUAUUGCCGAACAGUUAGAUGUGAAGUGUGUUGAUGUCUAUCCGUAUGCGGAUGUACAUGUUCUACCGUAUCUCCAUCAACGUCUUCCAUAUCUGUCAGCAUUGAAUAUGCGGCCACACUCGAAUCAGUUCCAUGCUUCUGGACUUGAGUUACCAUCAUUUCCAGACUUCACUAAACUGACUACCCUUAUACUGGACAAUUAUGGUGUAGUAGAUACACUUGAUGCACUGGGCAGCGCACUUCUCAUUGGCGCGUUGUCAAACUGCAAGCCGCCUAACAGCGUGCAGUCCGACAACGCGCCAAUCACAAGAGCGGUGGGUACUGCCGAUCUCCGCGACCAAAUUUACAGUGAGCCCAAAGGUGACUAUGAAUUUCCAAAGACGGUGACCUCACUGGAUUUUUCGAAACGGGAACAGUCUCAUUAUCAAGCUCUAUUGCCGAAGCUUGCCCACCUUACUGAUCUCGAGUAUUUUACACUUUCACAUGCUGAUAUGUCACGGCCAGAAGAUUUCAAAACAUUCGUUCGAGUUGUGUCCAGCAGCAAUUUGCCCAAGCUCUCCAUUCUUAAUUUACGGAUGUGCAAAAUUUGCUCGUUGAAUCUACAAGGAAAUGAAUUCGAAAUGAAUCUGAAGAUGAUCAAAUUUGACCUCUGCUACGGAGAUAUUUUGGCAGCCAUGAAGGACUUCAUCAAUUUCAAUCAGAAAUUGAGCAUCUUAGCUGUCAAUGUUCUUUGUAAUCGGAGUUCCUUGGAAAGUGUAUACAGUGUUUGUUGCGAACUUCGACGAAAGCGGAUAGGACUGCAUCUCUCCAUUUUGCAAAAUUAUCCCGAUCCCAAAUCUUUUGAAUCGCCAUUCCAGGAGCUGAGGCCACCAACUUCNUUAUUCUAUGUGCUGACGAAAUUUGAGGCCUCCUUUGUUGAGGACGUUGUAUUAUUCCAAACGCUAUUGAUGUCGGGGACUUUCAAAGUCCUGCGUGAGUGCAAAUUUGUGGAAUGUGAUGCAUUAACGAGUGAAGUGCUUCAACAUCUAUCUGAGUCAGCACCCGUUCUUCGGAAACUUGGCGUACUUUCCUGCGCAAAACCGAAGGAUGCCGAUUUGCUCGUAUUCGUCUCAAGCAUGCCUGCAAGGACGACUCUUCAUCUACAGAUCACUUGGAGAAGGGAUCGUCGCAUCGGAAGCUUGGCAGCUUGCUAUCUUUCACUUGUACAUGAACAUCGUGAAGCGAUCAAAGGCAAGAAAGCCCGAUUUCUCUCAAAAACCUUCUCAGCAAGUGAAGAAGGAGAAGAGAUUAUUAUCUGGGAUCGUGAGGGUGGGAAAACUGUACAAAUUCGAGAUUAUAACGACCAUCAGAAAUACCGUACACUUGGUUUCAUCGUUGGACCACCACCUGUCCAAAGCACAGAAGAUAUGUUGGAAGCGAAUGACAGUGCAUAG